UCACUUGCGCCUCUCUGCACCAACAGCAAAUGCUUCCGGACAACUCCACAAUCAUAGACCCAGUAGGGCCGCCGCACACGCCCACAGACACGCCCGCAGACCCGCAGAGAUGCAAGCUGCUCGGGACAACAGGCCUCGUAGUGCAGGCACUCAUGGGCAUCCUCGUCAUCGCUUCUUUGGUCGUUAAAAAACGGCUCGAAAAGAGGAAACGUUCAUGGCGUAUUUGGUUCCUCGACGUCAGCAAGCAACUCGUCGGGCAGGCCGUCGUCCAUGCGCUCAACUUAUUAAUAUCAGAUCUGGUAGCGUCAGUGGGGAACAGCAAUCCAUGUUCAUUAUAUUUUCUAAACAUUCUCAUCGACACCACUAUUGGUGUCGGAAUCAUCUUUCUCAGUCUCAAAUUCUUUACAUGGCUCUUUUCAAGCUACCUCGGUUAUGACGGAUUCAUCAGCGGUAAAUAUGGAAACCCUCCUCAAGCCCUCUUUUGGUGGAAACAACUACUCACCUACGUAUUUUCCAUCAUCAUCAUGAAACUCCUCGUCCUCCUCCCACUCACGCUUCCACGCAUCUCUGACCUUCUUCUCCAUUUGGGCCACUACAUGCUCGAGUACUUCUCUCCCUCCGUGCAGGUCAUUUUCGUCAUGGCCAUCUUCCCCUUGAUCAUGAACAUUGUCCAGUUUUGUCUGGUCGACCAGGUCAUCAAGGCCGGCGGUAAAGCCGACGAUGAGGAAGGCCGAAUACAUGAUACAGGGGAUGAAGAGGAAGGGUAUAGCAGAGUACCUGACUGGGAGAAUGAUUUGGAUGGACAUGGACGCAGGAGCGGAGAAGGGUCACCAAGGGAAAUGACGAAGAAGGAGGAGGAGGAGACGACGGCAAGAGCGACCGGUAUAUCCACAGCCUUACCGCCAUCAUCGCCUCUUCUCUCACCCGCUCGUUAUGACGGUUAUGGAAGUACCACACCUAGUCCCGUGGGGAGCCCAACGAAAUCUGUCGAGGGGCAGAAUAUGUGGACAAAGAUGAUGAGUAAGAGUAAGGAUACAGGUGGCGGUAGUAGUAAUAAUGCCAGUUUGAAGGAGAGACAUGGGGUAAACAGUAGAAAGUCUAGUAAUACAUGGUGGGAGUAUCCGGACGACGAAGACGAAGACGGCGGAGGAGGGCUGGAAGCUCCCAUACAGCGUAAUACUCGAUCUCACGCCCCUUCGCCAGAAUCAGUAUAUCCAGCAGAAUUACCUCCUCCAUUUGUGGUAAACGGCAGCUCGGCGGCUGCUUUUCGCAAGAAUUCACGGACGCCGCCGGAAUGGGGCGCGUCAUCCACACACUCUUCUCAUACUGCUCGACGAUUGACAUCAGAAGUCGAGCGGGAGGCAAGACUGACGUUGAGCCCGCCGCGGUCGCCUAGGGUAGAGAAUAGUAGUAGUAGUGGUGGUGGUGGUGGUGGUGGUGGUGGUGGUGGUAAUGGGCGGUCGGAAAGAGGGGAGGAAGUUGGUUUGGAUGUCUUACGGAGGUGAUUGUCACGUCGUAAUUAGUGUGUCAUGUUUCCGUCGUUUCUUUCCGCACAACCGUGAUUUCUUUCCGCAC